AGAAUUGAGUUGAUGUAGUUUUCCCUAUAAAUAAAAAUAAAAUAAAAUGAGACAAGGGACAUUUUGGGAAUAAUAAUUUGUGUUAGAGGGGGUGAUACUGAAAAUUAAGGGAGGUCUGUAACUAGCAGAAAUAACGGGAGGAAAUGGAGACCUGAAACUGAAACUGAAACUGAAACUGAAACCCUAAAUUAAACCCUCUGAUUGAUUCAUGUGUGUGUGAGUUGAAGGUGAUUGAUUGAUUGAUUCAAUGACACAUCAGAAUCCGUCGACGAAGCAUACAGUUGAAUUUGAAGAAUCCAGUGAUAAUAAUAAUAGGCCGUCAAAGAUUUCAAAAAUUGAAUACGACGGUGAAGAAGAAGAAGAGAUGAAGAACCAAGAGCGUAAGAUCCAACGGUAUUUGAUGGCAAUUGAAUACAUUGGGACUCGUUUCUUUGGUUCUCAGAAGCAGCUUACUGACCGUACUGUUGUUGGUGUUCUUGAGGAAGCUUUUUGUAAAUUUGUUGGUCAGCCAGUCUCUAUUAUUUGUUCAAGUCGAACUGAUGCUGGAGUGCAUGCUUUAUCAAAUGUUUGUCAUGUAGAUAUCGAACGAAUCAGCAAAAGGAAGCCCGGUCAAGUGUUACAACCUCAUGAACCUGCUGUCGUUAGAAGGGCAGUCAACCAUUUCUUACAGAAGCAACACGGUGACUUAAUGGUCAUUGAUGUUCGUUGUGUUCCAUCAGAUUUUCAUGCCAGAUAUAAAGCACAAGAACGCACAUACUUCUAUCGCCUGUUGUCUGGGCCAGAGCCUUUGUCAACCUUGGAGAAAGAUCGAGCAUGGCAUGUACAGGAGGAUCUUAAUCUUCCAGCAAUGCAAGAAGCAUGCAGAGUUCUAGUUGGACAUCAUGAUUUUAGUUCCUUCAGGGCAACUGGUUGUCAGGCAAAAUCACCAAUUAGGUCUUUAGAUGAACUCAGCGUCGUUGAAGUAAUUCAAAGUCCAUAUUUUCCAUCUUUAAUGGAUAGAGAACGACAAAUGAAAGUCACUGAUGAUCUCCAUGACUGUCACAGCAACUCUGAAGCUGUCAUUCCUCUUAGCUCUAGUGCAAGAAUCAAUGAAGUACAAACAACAAAUGAAGAUGUGGAAUUUGGUAAAAGAAGGUUUCAUCGUUGUUUGGUGGUAACAGCACGUGCACGUGCUUUUCUUUACCAUCAGGUUAGACUACUUGUUGGCGUUCUCAAAGCUGUCGGUACUGGAAACUUAACAGUUCCGGAUGUUGAAAGAAUUUUGAAUGCAAAGAAUGUUGCAGCAGCAAGUCCAAUGGCUCCGGCAUGCGGUCUCUACCUGGGAAAGGUGAAGUACGAUCUGCCUAGUUCGUAGACGGCAUGUGUUAUGAUCAUGAUUUGAGGCCUAGUACCUCCAAGAAGAGAUGAGAAAAAUCUAGGAGGCAAACAUUAUAAGCAUGGGUUCUUUUUAUUCAUAUGUAUUAUAAAUCUGGUCAACCAUAUGGAAAGAAAGUGAAUGGAGGGAAAAGAGAGUGGAGUGAUGCAAUUUCCAGUGUUUGGUACAACUCCAUAAAGCAAAGGAAAGAUAUUUUUUGGUGAAUGGACAAAAGUAACUUGAAUCUCAUAACUCAUUUCAACGAUUUUGUCCUCUGCACUGUACUCAAGAAGUAUAACUCAUGUAAUUAGCACUAUUUUAUUUUUUUCGGUGACCAAUUUGAAUUUUGAACACUACAUUUUGAUAGCAAAAACUAGUGCCAUCGCAAUCCCUUAAAUACAUGAAAAAUUAUUGGAACACAAUUUCUACACCUAAUUGUAACAC